AUGAGACCUGAUGAACAUAAGAAAAAACAGCGCGCACAAUACAAGAAAAAACACGGAAUUUCCGAAAAGAAGACAACCUCUAAAGAAAAGAAGGAAACAAAUGAAGGAAAAGAAUCUACAGAAUCGCAAGGAAACGUCGAUCUAGCGGAAACUGACGGGGUAAUGAACUGUGUACUGAAUUGCAAAAUAAUGUCUGCGAUAUUUAAUAAUCCGAUACUGUUAUCAGCUCUCGUAUUAAUAUACAUUUUUAUGGUUGUUGUGGAGAUCAGAGGGAGUUCUCAAGGAGAAAUAUCUCAAGCAACUGGGAUAGGUAUGAAGACCUUGAGCAAGGUGAGUUAAUUAAAAGUUGAGCACCAGAUUCUGAACAAGGGUUUCCGCAAAGAUUCACUGUGAGGUCACAAACAUUGAGACCCAGAGGUGAAAGUGUUCCCAGCGAUCUGCUUGGAAAGGCUGCAGAACACACAAUCACUUCAGGACCAAUUUAUUUUGCCUUGGUUACUACUUUGAAUUGCAUGUUACUUGGCGUGUAUUUGAGAAUGGAUGCUUUCCUAAGUCUAUGGGAUUUGGGUUCUUGUCAGAGCAUUCUGCAGCAGGGACGGGCUAAUAACAUUUAGUCAAGUUGAUAUGAUAGCAGGCACAGUACUGACUUUGAUCACUCCUUGAUAUUUUAUGUCAUUUGUUUAGCUGCAAUAUCUGUGUUUGACCAAAUAUAGGGUUUAGCUUUUAUAAAUGUGCCUUGUUGAUUUGGACUGUUGUUCAGCAUUGAACAGUGGCAUCCUUAACUCAAGAAAGAAAGUCAAAGAUUGCAAUUAUAUCUACCUCUGAUCCUUAUUCUGCAUUUUAGCCAUCUGCUUUUUCUAUAGUGUGAAAUACACUCAUAAAAUAUUUUUGUGAAUGUCCUGGGUAUUGAUUGAGAGCAAUCCAGUAUAUAGUGUCAUAAAUUGCUGGAUCUGAUGUAAUAGGAGACAGAACUUCUUCACCCUUAAACUCCCAAGGUCUUAUUGUUAAUUCUCCCCUCUACUGCUACACAUUUCCUUGUAAAUUAGAUAUGAGAAUUCAGUAUUAGAUCAAGAUAACAGCUUCUACCUGAUAAGUUUGAACAUUCUCAUUGCCUGUGUGCUGGAUAAUAUAUGGAUAUUUUGGGGAGAAGUUUCAUCUUGAUCUACUCUGGGAGUUAAAGGAUUAAUCCUCUUCUCAAGAAGAAUUUGACCCCCUGAGAGAUUAAACCAAUAAAUUGGAGCUCAUUUGAGGCAAUAUACUUUAGACAGGCUGUUGUCAUGAGUCAGGUAUUGCAAAUCACAGAAUCUAUUAUGAUGCAGGGAUCAUUCUAUUGUUAAUUUACCCUACUGUGUUGCUACUACAUUUCCUAACAAAAACCCCAUGACCCAGUUGUCAUAAAGGGGGUGUCAAAGGUCAUGGUCUUACAAACAACGUGAUCACAGAGACAUUUUACGUGAUAGCUGCAUGGUGACAAGUCAUAUAUUAUUUAAAGAGUUCAAUUCAUGAAACUGAAUUUAUGGAAAUAUAUAUGUUCAAAUAUCACUUUAUUUCAGAUACAGAAGAAGAUGAAGAUAACAAUGAAAACAUUUUAAGAAGAGGAGAGGACUUUAGUGUUCUUCUUCAAAGAUCAGGUAAAACUUUAAGAGUUGCCAAUUUGUAUUCAGAAAAAUCAGUGUACAUGGCAAUUGUUGUAAGACUUGUUAACUCAAGCCAUUUAAUCACUAAGAAUGAUUGGCAUCUUAUUUCUCUGUAUGGUAUUGCAGUGGGAUCGAACAAGAAGGAGGAUCACUUAAUUUCUUAAUUGUUGAGUAGUUUCUCCAUAUCAUUACUACUGGAAACAUAUAGAGAACCAUAUGGAGAAUAUACAAGCUGAUUUUAGGGUUUAAAAAGAUAAUCUUUUCGUAUCAUCUUUCAGCUGAUCCUGCUUCACAGUUUCGGUUUCAGUCAGAAAAAGAUUGGGAUCAAGAAACUGAUGGUGAGCCAACACAGGUAAGUCAAAAAUUGAUUUACCAUAGGAACUCUGCGAUGUUCAAUGUAGGAUUUAGCAAGUAGUUAACCCUCAUAUCCCUAAGGGUGACCAGCAAUUAAUUUCUCCUCACAGUAUCACUCCUGAAUCAAACAUUAACCCUUUACACCCUAAGAUCAGUAUGCAUAUUCUCCUUACUGUUUUCUACACAUUUCCUAAGGUGCUGACGAGGAGAUUUUGCUUAACAAUCAAGAGCUCCUAUACUUGCUGAUCAUUUCCAUUAUUCUCAUGACCUUAAUGUGUGAUUCAGGGGUGAUACUGCAAGAAAUUGAUGCUAGUUACUCUUAGGGGUUAAAGGGUUAAUGUUUAUGAGAAUAAAGGACAUGAUCACCAACUAAAGAAGCUCUCCAUUGAUAAACAAAUUCUCUUUGUCAACACUGUAGGAAUUGUUUAGAGAACAGUAUGGAGAAUAUGCAUACUGAUGUUAAGGUGUAAAGGGUUAGUAGCAAAAGUAGGGAGUUCACUACCACAUUGGCAAUCUUUAUAAUAACAAACCCACAAGAAGUCAAUGAAAAGGCUUGCAUGAGAACAAAAGCUCCUCAAGUUUUGCAGCUUCUUAGUCAGGAUGUUUCUGAGAUGACUUCUUUCUCUGGAUAAAGAGUAAUCUGCAAGGGUUAAUUUGCAUUUACUUUUUCUUUUGGUAUUUCAGGCUACUUCAGCGCUUGAGAUAGACUUUGGAGCCCUGGCAAGUUCUUUGAACUGUGUUCCUUUACUCAAGCGUCUUGACAUUUCACAAGAUGAAAUACAUGUGGGUAUCACAGUUUCUUCUUUUGAAAUUCCCAUGAAGCAUAUUUUUUUUCUUGAUAUUCAUCAUAUGUACAAUUUCCUCUCUUUAUAUCCUUGGGAAGUAAUACUGGUAUUUAACAGUUCAUUGCCACAUCAGCACUUAGACACCAUUGGGUUUAGUGUUGUUGCUUUGUUCAAUUUAAUUUUAGGAGUAAUAGUUUCUAGCCUUGCAAUACCUAAAAUGUUCAACUUGACAAGACAUUAUAGCUGGCAGUUCUCACGCAUUAUGCAUGAGUCUCACACCUGUGGACCAAAGAUGUUCAUCUGAGGACAAUUUCUCAUGCCUGACCUGAAAAUCUGGAUGAUUUGUUCUCUAACACAUAAAAAACAAAAAUUCAGUUCAUAUUUCUUGAAAAUGUUGGAUGUGAUGUGAUGCAAAAUUGUGUCAUUCUAUUUUAAUAUUGGUCAAAGGGGUAACAUUUGUCUUACAAUGCAGUCACUUCUGUUCUGGAUGGGAACAUUUUGGCAACCUGGUGUCAGUCUCCUUUUGGUGAUGAGCUUCAUCAUCAAAACUUAAUUGUUAAUGUUACAGUAUUCUACAAAGUGUAUAAUCAUCAGUCUUUAAUUGACAGAGAUAUCUUACCUAUAAAGUACUAAAGAAAUGUUUUUUGUUCCUCAGCCAGAUAUCAUUGAAGUGUUCAAACUAAAAGCACAAGCAUGCUCUAAAGAUCAGUGCACUUCACCGUCAAGCAAAGAUGAUGCAAUGACCAAGUGUCUAACCUCAUCUGCCAGAAAUUCACAUGAAAACCCUUCUCAAUAUGCAGAAUUACAAGCAUUGCCUACUAAGAAAAAAACUGUAAAGGAUUUACCAAAAAGACCUUUUCAACAGACUGAUAGUGAAUCUGGUAAAUUUUCAACUGGUUCAUUGAAUGGCUACAGUGAAGGUUUACCCCUUUCAAAGCAUUCUGGAUUCACAAGUGAGCCUGGUAGCCUUAAAAACACCAAAAAAUUACAUAGUUCUUUGAAAGAUGUGUUAAAAACUGUUAACACUGCAGAUAGUCCACAGACUGGUAGAACUGAACAAGUGAUUAAAUCAAGCAACGAUGAAGAAGAUGAUGACCUUGAUUUCCUUCUUUCACUCGACACUCCUGGAGGAAAUAGUUGUAAUGAAAGAAUGUCAUUCACUGUAGGGGAAACAAAAAAGGUUAGAUAAUAUUCAAAGGUCAAAGGACAAACAUACUCCAGUAAACAAUAGAUUCUAAGUUUCCAUGCCUCAGUUCAGUUAUAGAUCGCAGAUGAUGUCAUAGUGUGGUAAGAACAAAAGAAUGGCAAACGAGGCACAACCAAGUUUGUCACAGAUGUUUUUACCACAUUUUGACAUCUUCUGUGGUCUCUUGUUGUACACGGCAACAUGGAAUCUAUUUGCUCGAUAUGAUAACAAAGAAUAAACUUGUAAAUGGGGAAAUUAUCUAUGCAUCUGUCCACCAAUAUAUCAUCAGUAAGACCCAAUCAAAAUGCAUUUAUCAUUCAGAUUGUCAAAGAAAAACAUUCAAUAAUCACAUCUUUCCUUACUGAAUGCAUUUUGAGAUUCUAAGGAGUGACCUACAUUAUCCUCUGAUCAGAGCUGCCACUCAGCAUUCCAAAUAACAGCAUCCAUAGACAAAGACUAGCCCCAUUGAAGUCAAUCUUCACCUACUUGUGAUUUGACAAAAUUUUAGUUCUUUUUUCCCAUCCCUCUUGAGCUGUUGAUCUCUAAGUAUGUAAUCAUCAUGGGAAUAGAUCAACUUGACUGCAUGGCUUGUAUGUUAGCUGUGAAUAUUUAAUAUGUUGUGAGAUGCAUGUCUUAAGUGAAAUGAAUAUUGAUUGAAAUGUGUUAUAAGUUGUGACUGUAGAACAGGGAUAUUGAUUGACUUUACACCUUGGCAAUUUAUUUGGACAAUUAGCUGAACAACACAACUGGUAUUCUCAACUCAAAUUGUUAUUUGCUCUUAUUUUUAAUUAGCUGGAUACAUCGUCUGACAAAGGUUCAUUGCCAACAACAAACUCAUCUGCUGACCAGUUUACAAAGGAAAGGGAAGAUGAUCUUGAAGACUGGUUGGAUAGUGUUCUUGGCUGAAGUGACUCUCAAGUUAUGUGUAUUUAGACCAUCUUAUAAAAAGUUUGCAUUGAAUACAUCCGAAUUUCUCUUGUCUUUCAAAAACCAGAAACCAAAUACUAUAAAAAUGAGAUGAUACUGUGGUAUAAUAAAUCCCUUAUUUGAUAGUUUCAUGUUAUUGCAAUAUGAACAGAUAUUACGCUCAUUGCUCCUUUGCCUCUUCCAUACGGGAUGCAAGAAAAUACUGUGCAACUCACAAAAUAUCUAUGCUUUCAAUCCUACCAAUAUUUUAGCUUGCGUGCAGUCAAACAACUGAAUUUCCCCCAACUAAAACUGGGGGAUAUCCAAGGAUAAACCCAGGUGAUAUUCCCCAAUUUUCAAACCUCCCAAUACAGAUAACCUGCCUUUAAAAUUUACUUCAAGAUGAGAAAGUGAAUGUGGUUGUUACAGAAGAAGGAAGAUGUUUUUAUUUUUCAUGAAAUCAUAUCAGAGAACACUGAAUAGUAAACAUACCAUUCUGUAAACAGUAAGUUGUUCAUAACAUUUUUCCCGCUCAUCAAACGCGAUAUCCUCCACUUGGCGCGAAAAUAUGCUCUUAUUUGUCCUUGGACAUUAUCUGUUCCUCAAAGCUCACAUCUUUCUUGGAGCUUUGCUCUCUGAACAGAUGAUGUCCAUGGAGAAAUAUGUGAGCAUAUUUUUGCACCAAAUGGAGAAUUGUUUAUGUAAUUUAUAUGUAAAAUCAUGGAAUUAUGUAAGGUGUAUUUAUUCCAUAAUAGCUCAUAGUGAGCAGAUCAUAAAUAAAUAUGUAGGGCCUACUGAACAUAAACAAGUUCUGCUGAUCUGAGUUACUGAACAUUUUUAGUACAAGGGCAUUUAUGGAAAUUUUCCUCAAGAGUAAAAUCAUAUACCAGAGCUAUCUGGGCCUUAAUUGUAGCAUAACAGAGUUUUGUAUCGUUAUAAUCCUUCAGAGGAUGUCAACUUUGUUGUUCCAUGACAAGAAACCCUUGAAUCAAAUGUUAAUGCCAAAGGAAUAACAGAAAUGAUCAGCAUUUUAGAAGCUCCUGAUUGUCACACAAAUUCUCCUUGUGAGUACAACAGGAAUUGUAAAGAAAACUGUGUGGAGAAUAUGAAUGCUAAUGUUAGACUGGUGCACAGGGUGAAGACAAUGAAGCUGAUUAGAAUUAUUUGUAAAUACUCAUCCAUUUACUCAGCAAAGUGGUGAUCGAUGUUUCUUUGAAG